AUGAAACAUUUAGAACAACUUCAAGUGAUUGCUGAUCGAAAUAAUGGAACACGUGCAAUAGCAACUGGUGGAUUUAAUGAUACACUCGACUAUAUAACUAGUGUACUCAAACAAAAUACUAAUUUCAAGAUUCAACAUCAGUAUUUCACAGUUCGAAAUCAUAUUAUUCGAGGAACACCACAAUUACAAACAAGAAUCAAUGGAAUAACAACGAACCAUGUUUAUUUGACAAAUUUUACUCACAUUUUGUUUUCAGCGGGCGCUAAUUUUGAUACAUUCGUUCGAGUCGUCGCUAUUCCAAAUUUAGGUUGUCAAGAUACUGAUUGGACCAAUGUAGUCGUAGUCAAUUCAGUAGCUUUGGUCAAACGUGGUAAUUGUACAUAUGCACAGAAGUCUGUAUUAGCUGAAAAGUAUCAAGUGAAAGGAUUACUCAUUUACAAUGAUGGAACAUCACCAGAUGGUUUUAAUCCAAUACAGGGAGUGAGAAAUAAUUUGAAUACCACUAUUCCAGCCUAUUUCUUAUCGUAUAAUCUUGGAAUGCAGUUGGUCAAUGGUGCGGACAAUGCCAGUGUAAUUAUGGGUAUUAAUGUUAGUGACACAAAUGGUAUUGGAAAUAUUUGUGCUGAUACACAAACAGGAGAUAAAACUAAAACAGUUGUCGUUGGUGCUCAUAGUGAUGGAGUACCAGCAGGAAGUGGGAUCAAUGAUAAUGGUAGUGGUACUGUUGGUAUUUUGGUUUUAGCUCUUAGUUUAGCUCGUUUAUUUCAAACAUCUUCUUUGCAAUAUUCCACAUAUCAAUAUCGCAUUCGAUUUUGUUGGUGGGGUGCUGAAGAACUUGGUCUUAUUGGUGCUAGAUAUCAUGUUGAACAGGCUCUCUUACCAAGUACUAACAUUGUCGGUGAACGUUUACAAGAUUACCUAGUCAAUUUAAAUUAUGAUAUGUUAGCUGGUCCUAACUAUCGUUUUGGUAUUCAUGAUAGUUCAACAGUUCCAUUGACAACACCAGAAACAGCUCUAAAUGGUACUCGUAGAAUUACGGAUCUUUUUCGUCAAUGGUUUAAUAAACAAAAACUUCCUUGGAGUAAUUCUUCACUUGGAGGCGGAAGUGAUUAUGUUCCAUUUCUCGCUGCAGGUAUAGCAGUCGGUGGAGUUAAUACAGGAGCUGGAGGAAUUAAAUCGGCUAAUGAACGAGAUCAAUAUGCAACAGUAUUAGGAACAGGAAAUGGUGGAAUAGCCAACGCUGCUUAUGAUCCAUGUUAUCAUCAACAAUGUGAUAGAAUUAGAAAUAUCAAUCCAUUUGCAUACGAAAAAGUUGUUAAAUCGGCUGCUCAUGCUAUUGAAUAUCUUGGAAGAUUGAAUGAUUUAGAAAAAUGGCUUUAUCCACAAGGUCGACCAAAAAACUUUGAACUAGUCAAUCGAUAUCAGUUAUAUAAUAUUCAUAACGAUCUAGAUCUUAAUUGGGCUUGA